CAUUUCUAUUUUUCUCCAUUGCACGCUAUGUAUAACAUUGAUAGGACAAAACUUGAUUCCGACAUGAACAUUGCAAUUGAUUUUGUUUGAUUUUAACGGUCUUUGUAGCAAUGGAGGAAAAAUCCGUAGGAGGAGAAGGAGGUGGAGUAGUUUUGAAAGUUUUAAUGUUCUGUACGAGGUUGCGUAACUCCAUGAUGAUUGUCUUCUUUCUUAGCCUUGUAUCCUUCACCUAUUACAUCGUGGUUGUCGCUAUUUAUGGACCCUCUCUUUUGCAUGGUAGAAUUCAAUCCAUAUCUGCAUUCAUUGUCCUUCUCAUUUUCCAUGCUCUGUUAGUGAUGCUAUUAUGGAGUUAUUUUUCUGUUGUGUUUACGGAUCCUGGACGCGUACCUUUGAAUUGGAGGCCUAAAAUUUGCAAAAACAUUGGUGAUGAUGAUUCAUAUGACGAUCAAAGAAUACGAUAUUGUCGAAAGUGUAAUCAGUUUAAACCUCCCCGCUGCCAUCAUUGUUCUUCGUGUGGCAGGUGCAUUUUGAAAAUGGAUCAUCAUUGCAUUUGGGUUGUAAAUUGUGUGGGCGCGUUGAAUUACAAGUAUUUUCUUCUUUUCUUGUUUUAUACACUUCUCGAAACAGCUCUUGUUACUGUAUCAUUAUUUCCAUAUGUUAAGGCAUUCUUUAGUGAUGAAGAUGUUUUUGUAUCAUUAACAACUCUUGCGGUAUCUUUUAUUGCAUUUGGUGAGUUAUUGAGAUGUAAUAUUUGUAAUUCAUUUAUUGCUGUUACACAACACAAACAUUCUUAUCUUAUUUAUAACUUUUAUUAUUUUAUGCAUGCAGCUUUUAAUCUAGUUUUUGUAUUGAGCAUUUUGGGUUUUCUGAUUAUGCACGUUUCAUUGGUGGCAACUAAUACUACCACCACUGAGGCAAUUAAGACAAGUACGACUCCCAAAUGGCAUUAUAACCUAGGUUGGAGGAAAAAUUAUGAGCAGAUAUUUGGAAACGAUAAAAGAUAUUGGCUCAUUCCAGCGUAUUCAGAAGAAGAUUUAAGGCAAAUGACAGCAUUGCAUGGUCUCGAGUAUCCCAUAGACCCUGAUUUGGAAGCCCUUCAACAAUCAUAACAACAUCAUGUAAAGCAUUUUAUGCUCAGCUAUAAUUUUUGAGUUAGUGGUUUGUACCAUAUGCGAGUAUGACUAUAGAAGAAAAAAGACGUUGCUAGAUAAAUGUUUUUGCUCAUUAAUUAUAUAUCUGGAUUAACACUCAUUGCAA